AUGGUGCCGCGGGAACACUUUUGGACGUUGGUGGAUCUCGACUUCGCUCGAGUUCGGAUGGAGGAGGUCCAAUUCGUGGACGCUUCGGACGAAGCGUUCGGGAUGGCCGGACUUGGCGAAGCAACGUUCGAAUACGUAUGCGAUAUCACGAGCUACGUCAAUAUCGUCGACGAAGCCGACGAAGCCGGUAUGCCAGCGCGGAUGUUUGAAGCCAACGCGUGCUUGGCCAAAUUUGGACGAACUCAUAACGACUUCGAGCGCCACGUCGUGUGGAUGUUGAACGCCGUGGCCACGAUGACGAUGGUGACCGCUGAUGGGCGAGGGUUCACGCGCUACAAAGACCGCAUGCGCGAAGGCGAUCCAGGCGAGACGUUGUUGGAGUACAUUUCCGUGUUCGUGUACUCGUUGCUGCGACCAAACGCGGGUCGGCAGAAGAAUCGGCGUGUGAGUUGGCCGACGACUGUGGGGGCCUUGGCCGGGUCUUUGGCUAAUUUUGAUUUGACCCGUCGAUCGAUUUACGGGCAACUAUCCGCCGAGCUUGUCGCGCGGAUCGCUAUUCGCGCAGGAACGCGGCGUGAACGCGAGGUAAGUUGGAGUGGACCGCGGCUUCUGACGACCAUCGCGUAG